GGCCGGGAUGUGGCUGCUGCUGGGAGCGCUGUGCCUGGCCCCGGGGCUGCGAGGAGGCGGAGCCGGGGUUGAAGCUUUCCGCAACCCCGAGACGUUCAUGAACAUCAGCCAGAAGAUCACUUUCCACGGCUAUGCCAGCGAGUUGUACGAGGUGAUGACGGAGGACGGGUACUUCCUGACCGUCAACCGCAUUCCCCGCGGCAGGAGGGACCGUAGGCAGUCAGGAUCCGGGACCCCCGUGCUGAUAGUGCAUGGGUUUUGUCAGGAUGGUGGUGACUGGGUGGACAAUUUCCCUGACAACAGCCUGGCCUUCAUCCUGGCGGAUGCCGGAUACGACGUCUGGCUCGGGAACAACCGGGGCAACAGCUGGUCCCGCCGGCACCAAAACCUGUCUGUUGACUCUGUGGAGUUCUGGGAUUUCAGCUUCCACGAGAUGGCCAUGUACGACCUCCCGGCCAUGGUGGGCUUCAUCCUGAUGCAAACUGAGCAGGAGAAGCUGUUCUAUGUUGGGCAUGCGCAGGGCAACACCCUGGGUUUCAUAGCAUUUUCCAGCUUGCCUCACCUGGCCAAGAAAAUCAAACUCUUCUUUGCCCUGGCUCCGGUGUCCACUCUCCGCUAUGCCCGGGGCCCCGUGUUACGGACUGCCUUUCUACCCGAAAGUGUUCUCAAGGAAAAGUAUGGAAGCAGAGAGCUGGUUCUGGUGAAGAGGAAGGAUAGAGAUGCCCUGGUUGUGAAGUGCAGCAGGCGCGUGCCAGCGGAACGGUGUGCCAUAGAGCUCUUUCUUGCCGGAGGAUUUGACAGGGAGAACUUGAAUGUGAGCCGCCUGGAUGUGUAUCUAUCUCAUUUUCCAGACUAUACAUCAGUAAAAAACCUUCUGCACUGGGGACAG